AAUUCAAUAUCGACAUCUGUCAAUACCGCCUCCUCCCCACCUUAACUGCCGGCUGGUCCCUCUCUGCCGCAUGACGUCCUGUACUCCAUCUAUGCCUUUCAUAUUUCUUCGCGUAGCCAAUAUGCGCUUUCUUUAGUCUGUACGCUGGACUUCGUCAGCUCCCAACUGCGCCUCUGAACACGCCCCGACUGCUGACAGACACCGAGUACUAAGGGCCUGACAAAUCCUAAUACUUUUUCUAUCGUUUUGGGCUCCGCUGCGCCGACUCCGACUCCGACUGAGCCGUUAUGGCUCAUCCUACCGCGACAGGCGCGACCGCACACAUGGCGACCACCACGCUGAAAGUCGAGGGAAUGACAUGCGGCGCAUGCACCUCUGCGAUCGAGAAGGGUUUCGAAGGGGUGGAAGGCGUAGGAGCCGUGUCGAUAAGUCUGGUCAUGGAGCGGGCCGUCAUUCAGCACGAGCCGAAUACCAUAACAGCGGACCAGGUGAAGGAGAUCAUAGAGGACAGAGGGUUUGAUGCCGAGGUGCUAUCAUCAGACCUCCCCAUCAUCGUCGAGCCCGUGGUUGACGCUUUCUUGAGUGGGUCUGAAGAGGAGGAAGCGGAAGCCGCUCUUGGUGUGUCUACUACGACGCUGUCCGUCGGAGGCAUGACCUGUGGUGCAUGCACGUCUGCCGUGGAGGGCGCCUUCAAGGACGUAGCAGGUAUCAAAUCUUUCAGCAUCUCUCUCCUGUCUGAGAGGGCCGUCAUCGAGCACGACACCGCCAUGAUCUCGGCCAAACAGCUAGCGGAAACGAUAGAAGACGUCGGGUUCGACGCAAAGGUCCUGGAGACGGUCGCUCAUGUGCCGCCGAAGAAGAGCAAAAGGAAACACAACAAACAGCGAAUGCUCACCACGACGGUUGCUAUUGAGGGUAUGACGUGCGGUGCCUGCACAUCUGCCAUCGAGAGCGGUUUCAAGGAUGUGGACGGGGUAUAUCAGUUCAAUAUCAGUCUCCUGGCGAACCGGACUGUCCUCGUCCACGACCCUGCCAAGCUGACGGAGAGCCAAAUCGUCGAAAUUAUCGAAGACCGCGGGUUUGAUGCCAAGGUCGUCACCUCUGUUGAUGGCAGCGUGCAAUCCUCGGCUACAAAUGGCACGGCGCAUCUGAAGGUUUACGGGUUGCCGGAUGCGAAGGCUGGGGAAGAGUUGGAACGUUCGCUACGAGACAGGCCCGGGGUUGAGUCCGCAACCGUCAACUUCAGUACUUCUCGGGCCAUCAUAACCCAUCAACCCAAAAUCAUCGGGCUGCGUGCUCUCGUCGAAGCUAUCGAGGCAGCUGGCUACAACGCCUUAGUCGCAGACUCCGACGACAACAAUGCCCAACUGGAGUCUCUCGCCAAAACCAAGGAGAUCCAAGAGUGGAAACGCGCUUUCCAAAUCUCGCUGUGCUUCGCUAUUCCCGUCUUCCUUACCAGCAUGCUCUUCCCAAUGGCUCUCAAAUUCCUGGACUAUGGCAGCUUCCGGAUCAUGCCUGGUCUCUAUCUCGGAGACGUGGUCUGCUUGGCUCUUACCGCACCUGUCCAGUUCGGAAUCGGCAAGCGCUUCUACGUCUCCGCGUACAAGUCGUGGAAGCACAGCUCGCCUACUAUGGACGUUCUCGUGGUCAUGGGAACAUCCGCGGCCUUCUUCUUCAGCAUUGCGUCAAUGAUGGUCUCUAUCUGCAUGACGCCACAUACCCGGCCGACAACUCUAUUUGACACCAGCACCAUGCUCAUCACCUUUAUCACUCUCGGGCGGUAUCUCGAGAACCGCGCUAAGGGUCAGACCUCCAAGGCGUUGUCUAGGCUCAUGUCUCUGGCACCUUCCAUGGCCACAAUCUACGCCGACCCCAUUGCUGCUGCGAAGGCUGCCGAGGGUUGGAGCCUAUCUGAUGAUGAUGAAAAAGAUCGCAAGAUCUCCAUGGAUGGCGGUAGUGCAAUUGAAGAGAAGGUUGUUGCCACUGAGCUCAUCGAAGUUGGCGAUGUGGUUAUUCUCCGCCCCGGAGACAAGACCCCGGCUGACGGAACCGUCAUUCGUGGGGAGUCUUAUGUCGAUGAGAGUAUGGUCACUGGGGAGGCUAUGCCGAUUCUCAAGAAGAAGGGUGCCCUGUUGAUGGCUGGUACUGUCAACGGAGCUGGACGCCUUGAAUUUGUUGUCACCCGUGCCGGCCGUGAUACGCAGCUAAGCCAAAUCGUUCGCCUGGUCCAAGAAGCACAAACCAGCAGAGCUCCGAUUCAACGUCUCGCUGACACCGUCGCUGGAUACUUUGUCCCGAUUAUCAUUACUCUUGGCCUCGCGACGUUCGUUGCUUGGAUUGUGCUCAGUCAUGUUUUGCCACACCCUCCGAAGAUCUUCCUCGACCAUGCCAGCGGUGGGAAGCUCAUGGUCUGCGUCAAGCUUUGCAUUGCCGUCAUUGUCUUUGCAUGCCCUUGUGCUCUAGGCCUUGCUACGCCUACCGCCGUCAUGGUGGGUACAGGUGUGGGCGCGGAGCAGGGCAUCCUUGUGAAGGGAGGAGCUGCUCUAGAAGUCGCUACGAAGGUCAACCACGUCGUCCUCGACAAGACGGGUACUCUCACUGUCGGCAAGAUGAGCGUCUCGAAAACCGAUAUCCAGGGCGAAUGGGCAAACAACAAGAACCUCUGGUGGACGCUCAUUGGCCUGGCGGAAAUGAGCUCGGAACACCCCAUUGCCAGGGCCAUUGUGCGUUCAGCAAAGGAGCAUCUACGACUGGGUGCUGAUGGUACUCUUGACGGUACUGUUGGAGACUUUGAGGCUGCUGUUGGCAAGGGUAUUGCUGCGAAUGUUGAAGCUGCCUUAGCACGACAGCGCCACCGCUACCGGGUCCUGGUCGGGAAUGCCUCUUACCUCAUGUCCCAAGGAAUCGUUGUUCCCGAUGUCGUCGAUGUACCGCUCACAACCAGUGGCACCACGCCUAUUUCACGUUCCACUUCUCAGACCCGUUCCGCCGGCAUCACUACCAUACAUACGGCUAUUGACAAGACAUACACUGGCACCCUUAGCCUCUCUGACACCAUUAAGCCUUCCGCACGCGCGACUAUCAUGGCCCUUCGUCGACUUGGUAUCACCGCCUCGAUCGUCACUGGAGACACUUCUGCGUCGGCCCUCGCAGUCGCAGAGCAAGUUGGCAUCGAUGUGGCGGAUGUACAUGCUUCUGCCACACCACAAGAUAAGAAGGCGAUUGUCGAGCAUCUGAAAUCGCAGGGGUAUGUUGUCGCCAUGGUCGGUGAUGGCAUUAAUGACUCUCCUGCCCUUGCCUCAGCGGACGCAGGCAUCGCUCUAUCAACAGGCACCGACGUCGCGAUGGAAGCCGCAUCUAUUGUGCUCAUGUCGAAUACGGAUCUUCUCGCUAUCCCGGCAAGCUUGGUCCUGAGCAGAGCCAUCUUCAGACGCAUCAAGCUGAACCUGUGGUGGGCAUGUUUGUAUAACCUCUUUGGCCUGCCAUUCGCCAUGGGUUUCUUCCUACCUUGGGGCUUGUCCCUGCAUCCUAUGGCAGCCGGUUUGGCCAUGGCCUGCUCAUCCGUCAGCGUGGUUACCAGCUCCUUGCUUCUCAAGCUCUGGAAGCGCCCGAAGUGGAUGAAGGUUUCGGUUCUGGAUCCCACGGCCGAAGUUCCAGAGAGCGAAAAGGAGGCGGAGAGAGUGCCCAGCGCUGGCAUUGUCCAGUCUGCGAUUGAUUGGGUGAAGGAUAGUUUGGCGGCCAGGAAGAGAAAUAGGGAGGAGGUGGGAUAUGUGCCGCUGCAUGAUAUGGGCGAGUAAAGGGACUCGGGGUCGAUGGACUACACAGUUGUUUUUCUUUGUCUUUGCUUGCAUUUUUCUAGGAUACCUCCAUCGCGUUUGAGUUUGUUGUCCCGCUUGUACAUGCUUUGCUGGAGACUCUGUAUAUAGUCUAUUCAUGUCCAAUUUGAGUUUACCCCGUCCA